AUGUUACCAAAUGCAUCACUUAUUCUUAUCACUUGUAGGUUCAAAAACUACACUUUUAUUGAACGUCAAGGAACCACUAUCGGUGUUGACUUUACCAUGAAAACAAUGAAUGUUGACGGACAACGGGUGAAGUUGCAAAUCUGGGAUACUGGCGGACAGGAAAGGUUUCGAACCAUAACACAAAGCUAUUACAGGUCAGCGAAUGGCAUCAUAUUAUGCUACGACAUAACAUGCAGACAGUCGUUUGAGUCGCUUGACAGAUGGAUCGAAGACGUCACAAAGUUUGCAGCACCAAAUGUAGCAAAGGUUCUGAUCGCAACGAAGGCCGACUUAGAAGAUGGACGAGUAGUUUCUCAGGAGGAGGGAGAAGCGUUAGCUAAAAGAGAGGGGAUGUGCUUUUUUAUGGAGACAUCUUCUAAAAUUAACUUGAAUGUUGAUCAUGCUUUCUACGAAUUGGCAUACGAGUUAAAAAAGCAGUAUGAUGAAAGUUCGCACUUAGAUUUCCAAGCUGAAGCAUUCAGAUUAUCGCAAGGCACUACUAGUAUAUCAAGGUGGUCAUCGUGUUGCUGA